CAGCAACAGGCGCAACAACAGGCUCAGCAGCAGCAGCAGCAGCAACAGCAGCAGCAGCAGCAACAGCAACAACAAGUCGGCUCACCGGGGAGCGGAAAUGUGGGCAAGGGUAGCCCGUCUCCCGGAAAUUCGUCGUCUCCCGGCACCGUCACGACUUCCACCAAGUCCCAGACGGAGGCGAAACCGGUGGAGUGCAAUCUGUGCCAUCGAAAAUUUAAAAACAUACCGGCUCUUAAUGGCCAUAUGAGACUCCACGGUGGUUACUUCAAAAAGGACGCGGAGAGCAAGAAGAGUGAGAAGAAAGAGGUGGUCGGGCCGCCCCUGCAGACAGCAUCGGUCAGCGUGAGAGCGCUCAUCGAGGAAAAGAUUAUACAGAAGCGAACGACAGCAGCGGAUGCGAAUGGCAAUCAACAAUCGCGCACGAACGCCACCGUUUUCACCGCGCAAGCCGACGCCGUCUCGCAAAUCUCGUGCAAGACGAGCUUCGCGGUGCCAGCACCGCCGCCCUUGGCGGCAGGCGAGAAGGUGCGCCGGCUCUCCGAUGGCGAGCACUUCCGACAGCCCAAUGUCACCGUGGGUGGCCAUGCGACCGUGCAAAAGCACUUGCAGGACGCGCAAAAUCAGGCCCAGGCUCAGGCGCUCGCCGAUCUAAUUCUCAAGGGAGCGAAAGUGGCGGUGAAGAGAACAACCUCCGACCCAGGACAGAGAUUACACCUGACUUAUCAACAGCCCGUGCAAUCAACGACGACCAAUCAGCAAGCGAAUAAUCAGCCGCAAGCACAACCCGCGGUGACAGAGAGCUUCACGAUGACGGGCUACGCCGAAGACGGCGGUUACUUCAGUCCGAGCUUGCAGGACGAAGUGUUCCAACAGGUCACCACCGUGCCCGACAGCGUGCUUCUGCAUGCUACACAGUUGGACUCGAUUCAGUUUCAGACGGCCAGCCUGUUGCAAGAGCAAUCCACCGAACAGCUUCAGGACAUCACGCUGGAGGAACGGUACUCGUCUCAGCACACGGUCAAUCCGGACCUCCAAGCGCUGGUGAAUUCCCCGCUGCCCGACUCCUUGGCUGAGUUCAGCACUUACGCCGCUCAAUACACAGAAAGUCCCCAUACAUUACCGACCCAGUCGCCGCUGCCGUCGCCGUUGACGCGGCACGAUAGUCCGAGCUUCACAUACCCGACGCCGCCGGCCAGUCAGGAGGGCCUGCUCACCGGGAGCAUACCGCUGCUGAGUCCGCAGGAGGACCCGGAGAGCGUGAGGCAGGUGUCGUCGCCGCUCUCGGCGGCGUUCUACACCAGCACGAUGUCGUCCGCCGCGGCCGUGGAGGAGGCGCUGAACGAGGUACUGCCAGGCGAAUCCGAGGCGGACGCGGAUCUCUACGGAUCCGGCUCGCCGAAUCCGCACUCGCCACUGCCAAGCCCGUUGUCGGCGACGCCGGCGCCAUCGCCACUGUCCUCGCUGCCGCCGUCCUCUAUACAGUCGCCGAGACCGGUCACCUUCACCGGCAGCACGGGUUUCCCGGCGUCGCCGCAUCACGCGCUCCAAAGCCAGAUGAUGCCGAACUCGGAGGACCCGCUGCUCUCUUCCACCCCGAAGGACUUCACCACCGCCGGUCGCAGGCGAUUCGAGUUCCAGUCGUACAAACUAAUCACCAGCCAAAACCUAGUGGACUUCGGCCUGGGAAACGGCGGUCUCGCCGGCAUCGUCGUCGACAACAACGGCGAGUUCAAGCUGAUACAGACGGCGGGUCUGCAGAAAGCGAACGUGCUGGUGCAGGCGGGCUCCCUCAGUCCAGCGUUGGCCUUCAAGAAGGAGAUUCGCCUGGCGACGCCGAAAGUCGAACCCGCGGCCUCGGUGAACCUCGGCCUGAAUGUCCAAACUAAUCAGCAGUACAACAACACGAACAACCAGUUCACUCAGCAGCAGCAACAACAACAGCAGCAGCAACAGCAGCCCAUCAACCCGGCCAAGUUUCUCGUUCAAACCAGCGAGGCGUCGAAGAACAAUGUCUUGAGACACAAGUCGACCGUCGGGAAUUUACCGAUACCCGUCGACCAGAUCAAGGAGGAGCUGUUGGACGAGGACGUGUUUCUCAGUCCUGGUAGUCUGCCCACCGGCAGUCUACCUGCCGGCAGCCCCGUGCGGCACUGUCGAAAAAGGCCGCGUAUAGACUGCGGCCUGUACGCGAGCAAUUCCAACAUACACACGUACCCGUCGCGGCUGCGGAAGGCUUGCGACCGCCACUGGGACAGCAGCUACACGCCGCCGCCGAUCUUAGACCCGUCCCGUCCUGGACCCGGGCUGUACGCGAGACUGCACCAGUACGAGAGAGACUCGGACUUCAGCUCGGACGACUCCCAGGGCAACGACGGCCCACCGCCGAGGAUCAACAUCGGCAUGAGAUAUCAGGCCGCGAUACCGCCGAUCGAGUGCAACAGAGACAGGGGAAAAGACGGGCCAGAGGCUGAUCAUCUGCUGUGGGACCCCGGCAUCAACAACGUGCUCACCAGCACCGAACUGGAAAUGUACCUGCAGUUCGCAUGCUGUGCCGCGGUGCCCGGCGGCGGUAGGAACAAGGAGUAUGCGCUUCACCUGCUGCACAUGUGCAAGGGGAACAUUCAUGAAGCGAUGGUGAAAUUAAUGCGACCAACGCCGACGCUACCGGUGCAACACCCGCUGCUCAGCUACGAGUGCCACGAGUCCGACCGAUGGACGUCGCGUGAGAUGGACGCCUUCUACCAGGGAUUGCUCAAGUACAACAAGGACUUCAGCGCGAUCUCGCGGGACGUCGGUGGCAAGAGCGCGAAACAAUGUGUGCAGUUCUACUACCUCUGGAAGAGGCUCUGCCCCGACGAGUACAAGAGGCUGCGCCUUCGUCAUGGAAAACCAAAGAUCAAAAGCGAAGUCAAGGACAGCAAGGACACCAAGGAACUGCGCGACGCCAUCGCGUCCGUCACGGAGAUGGACUUCCAUGAGGAGAAGUCGAUCCUCCACCGUACCCUGCUGCAAACAAACGAGAGAGAAAAUUCGGCGACUCUGACCACCAACGAUGGAGAGCUGAGGUUAUUUGCAUAUGACUGCCCAGAUAGCUUUAGCGGAAGUGUAACAGUAACGAUGGCCGGGAGCACCCAAACCGCCCAAAUCGGCAAUACCGGCCACGCCACAGUCAACACCAACUCACAAACUCACACUAGUUCUGAGCAACAACUACCCGCGCCCACCCCACUUCACUACCCCUGCAAGAUUUGCGGGAAGGUUUUCAACAAAGUCAAAAGCAGAAGCGCACACAUGAAAUCACACAGGCCAAUACCCUUGCCCGAUUCAACGGGUCAAGAAUCUAAGCGAUCCGCGGCGCAACAACCGUCGAAAGUGCUACAGCCGCAUCAACCACCAGCACAGCAGCAACAGCAGCCGCAGCAGCAGUCGGACUGUGCCACACUGCAAGCUCAAGACCAUCAGCAACAACUGCCCGCGAGUGUCAGCGACAACAAGAUUCAAAAUUCAGCGCAUGUCUGGCACAAUCCGACAAGGCUGCGGCCCCCAUAGGACGAGAUCCAAGUAGCUACACUUAAGUUACCUUAACGAAGGCUGUAAUGGUACGAUAGGGAAGUAGAAUACGGUCGCUCGAGGCAUAUAUAGGCAGGUUCUCUUAUACGAUGACGCGCGACCAUCCGCGAAGUCGCUGCGCGAGAAUAUAUCUUUUUACGUGAACGAGACUUCCGCUCACGACGGGGUGGGUUGCGCGCGGGUAAAUUUCCAAGAUAGAUAGCUUCCGAAAACGCGAAUACCUCCUCAAUACAUGCGCGAACUUGCGAAAGCGAGAGAGCGAACCGAUAAGUUCGCCCGGCCAGACGGACUAAUUAAACUUACGAGGUUGUUACACAUAUAUGGAAAUAUAUGGAAUCGCGAUCGAGCAGUUUUCACGAAGACGAAAGGAGUACACAUCGGCCGCCGAUGGGAGCUGAAAGGCACGAAGAGAGAGUCGUGUGUAGAAACUCGUAGUAGGGUUUAACGGGCGCAGCGACAGAGAGAAAAGGGUCUUUAACUUAUGCAAUCGUAAUAAUUCGAGCUCUGUUCAACAAGGAGACAGGGUACCGAUGAUCACGUGAAACGCGUCCUCCGUCACACACGGAAGACACGGGAGACACCGGUGCGGUGUCUUCUAAACAAGAGGAGAACCGUCGCUUUCGGAGAGACAAGGCGAACGUAUACACAAACUUUUGCGUUUAGUUGCGGACAAGAAUAAAAGGAAAGAAAAGAGUAUAAACGCGAUCGUUUCGAAAAAUUGCCUAGGGAGAAUGAAAUCAAACGCGUCUCAGCGAGUACACGGAAGCGGAAGCGUACUUUCGCCUCGACGUGCGCUGACUCGGCAAGACCGAUGGACAUUGGCGUGCACCUACAAUAAGCGACAUAACGAUUAAACGCGACUUUGGUGUACCUAUUUAUUAUGCACGUGAAAUGUUCCCAGAUUGUGCCACAAGACAUUAUUGUUACCUGUUGCCCUUUCGCAAUUUUCUUCUUCUCCUUUUUUCCGUAACGUUUUAGGUUGUUUUUUCUCUUCCUAUUCGUCACAGCCGGGAUCGGCUUACGCGGGGUCGCGUUCGGGGUUCUCUUGUCGGCGUAAAGAAAGUGCGUACUUUGGUUUACAGAGAUCGAUUGCGUAGACACCUUGUAUUUCAGUUUAAUGUGAAACCGUCUAUGCGAAUAAAAAUUGUUUUCAAAAUUCAUACACUCUAAUUUGAAUUGAUUCCGACUAAAUGUUUUCCGAUCAAUUCCGAAAAAAAAAUGCGGACAAGAACUGCGACUUGCGAGAAGAUCCCGACGUGUUACGUACGACUUGUUGCACGUUCGCUCUAGUUACAUUUAGUUUAAUAUCAUUAAUGUAUCUCUAAAAUCUUCGAUGAAUAAGUGGGUUUUACCAUACGUACGUAGAUUUAUUGAAACCUCUUAAUUUCUUUACCUCUGUUACUUAGUAGUUUAAUAGUACACAAUUGAAAUAAAUUUUAAUAUAUGCGCGA